ACUAGUAAAGACAGAAAUCGGUUUCUCAUUAGAUAAUGUGAGUUUUUGUCCUGUAUUGAGCAACAAGGAUAAAAGCCCACACUUCUACCAGGACAAGAGGGGGAAAAAAAAUAUGCAACAGUGUCAGCUUUCACUGUUCUCACUUGUGAUGGUAUCAGGUGUACUUUGAACAGGCUUGUGCUCGGUUAAAACUAGCCUUGCACAGGAUGGGUGGGGUAAUGUGCUGUGUGUUUGAACAGACAAGGUGAAAUCUGUUGUGAUACGUGCUCAGGCAAAGAGCGGGCUUGAAUGGAAUCUUUUACCUCUAACACUUGAGAGGCUGUACACUGAAGGAUUACUUGCUCUUCGGACAUAACUGAUUUGAAUGUUCAUUAAAACCGCAAUGGAGGCAACCAGUGACACCAGCAAAAUCCUGGAGAAGGGUCCUGAAUACCUUCGAAAACAAAUGGAACUGGAGAGUGAGACAAAAGGACGCAUGAGUGCUGUGGAGAGGCUCCGGGCAAGCAAACCGAAAUACGUCAAAAGCCAGCAGGUGGUCAACUCCACUCAGGAGUCAGUGAUCAGUCUUGGAUCAGCUUCUGUGAGCAGCACAGGGUCUUCUAACCGGAGCUCGAACCGUGGUGGGAAUUUUGUCACGGGAAAUAACUCGAAAGAGGCAACAGGUGGUGUGCAAACCUGCUCACCAGGGCAGGUACGUCGGUCCAGCUCCAAAAAACGACCCGACUCUCUUCUGCUUUACAGACAGAAAUGUGAGUUACUGAGAGGUGCAGCAAACUACCGGAAACAUCAUAUAACACGUAAGUUGCUGCUUAACACUGGGAAUAAAAAUGUUCCAUUACUUGAGGCGGCAGAUAAGGAAUGUGAUUCUGAAGGCAACAUGGAAAAAAUCACCACACCUGAGGGAACAGCAAAGGAAUGUAGCCCACAUGUAGUUUCCUCCCAGUCAGAGAGGAGGAAAAAUGGACUCUCAGAACAAUGCAGCACUGAGAGCGGGAAUUCCGGGACAAAGGUGACAACAAGUCUCCUCGCCGUUCAUGAGUUUGAAAGGAGAUCUGGCAAAGGGGUCAGUCGUUCUCACUCUGACAUCAGCUCCAGGUACUCCAAAAACUUUGCAGACUUUGAUUCUUUUUUCAAGUACUGCGGGCUUGACGGUGAGGUCAUCGAGUCUUUGGGGAAGGAGAACUUCUCGGCACGCUCAGAUGAAAUUGCAAUAAACAUCCGCAGUGUCAGUGUCUCUACAUCGGACGGCGGCUUCUCCAGGAGCAGUGGUGACAGUGAUGGCUUACUGGAGGAUAAUUUAGAUAAAAAGAUACAUCAGGGGACGUCAGUUAUUGAGCGCAAUGCACGGAUUAUCAAAUGGCUAUACAGCUGCAAAAACGCCAAAGAGACUGGGAAAAAGUUACGAGACCUCGACUGAGAUCAUUUCUUUUUUCUUACAGAAGACUAUGCUUACACAUUUUAUCCAUUUAACACAUUUAAGCGCGGACCAUACAUCAAAAACUAUCUGACAAAGAUCAAAUGUUCAUGUAUUUAUCUGUCCAAUGACUCACUCAGACCUGACUCUUUCAAAAGCCCACAGAUAGAUAUAAUUCCUGGCUUUUGGUUGUGGAAAACGAUGACCUUUGCCCUUUCACUUUUCCACUGCACUGUACGUGUUCGCAGCUGUAGUGCAUGUUUGUGUGUAUGUGUGUGUGAGCUACAUGUAUUUAUGGGUGCCUAAAUGUUUGUUUUCUUCUGUCUCUGUUCAAACUAUAUGUUUGUGCCAAUUUCAGCUGAGACCUCUGAGAGCUGUUUGCAUCUGUUCAGACUUGCAUAGAGCUACAAUACCUGUCAUGCUGGGGCCAGGCAAAGUGCACAGAAAUAUCCUCAUGACAAAUCACAGACACAAAAAUGUUAUUUUCCCAACAAUCUUCAUAUUGAAAACGUUUAUUUACAUGUAAUUUAGUCUGUCAACCUGUGCAUUCUGCACACUUAACCACACCAAGUCAGAUUGUGACUGUUAUAAGCUGCUAAUUAUAGCAAAUAUGCGAUUGCCAGGUUAGAGAAUAGAAUAAAUGCAUAAUAAAUUGAUUUUAGUUCACAUUCUCUGCAAGAUAAGUGCUCAUCAAUCCCUGAAUGGGAUUUUUCACAAUCUGGCAACUGAAGAACUUUUCUUAUUAAUGGCUUAUACCUAAUCUAUAAAGAAUUACAAAAUGAUUUAUUAUCCAUUAAUAAAGUCAUUAGUUGCACCUUAUAAACCCAUCUUAAAAAAAUGUCCCUCAACAUUAGUCAAAGUAGUCUUAAAUCACUACUUAUGUAACCUGCCUUUUACGUUCAUCAGGCAAUGAGCUUUUCAGGUGAAUAGUGUACAUUCCGUUACACUGACACACGCACACACACACACACACACACACACGCACACACACACACACCACAGUUUCAUUUUAAAAGUGCUCCUUACAAUAACAUGGUCUAGUGUUACUUAUUGGCAGUAAUGAAUCUGGUAAAUCGGACCAAACUAAAAUGCUUGAAGGAUGCUGGAUGUUUUCCAGCAGUUGCUCCCUGAGUCCUGUGUGAGAGGAAUGUAUCUAAUAAUCUGAUGGGCUUAUGUCCAGUGACCCAUUGUAACUGUAUAUCCACUUCCCACCCUAUCUCUGCCUGCUCGGUUUCUUCACCACCUUCUGUCUCUUUCUGUCUUUUAGCCAACUUGCUUUCACUGAUCAAAGCUCAGAUGUUGUAGCAUGAGUGGGGGAAAAAAAGCAAGGGACAGACUAUUGUUGUUUCAGUGUCUUAACAGAAUUACCAUACACUCUGUUUCUCUGAUUAUAUGCUGUAGACACACCUUUGACUUCUCCAUAAGCCUCAUGGCAAGUCAUGUCCUGUAAACUUGCUUGUAGCCAGAACUCAAAGUGCCUUUUUAUCUAUCUGGUUGAUAUUGUACAGUUACAGUUACCAAAAAGGCACUUAACAUGCAUGUGUAUUGUAAAUGCAGAAUAUGUGAUUAGUGGCUGAAAAUAUACACUGCUUGCAUUGCAGUGGGCUUGUUUCUUUGUUCAUUGUUUUGUUUUUUUCUUUUUUUGAAUGUAAAAGUUUUACUAUGCUCUCAGACCACUUUAGCCUAAAAUGACAAUAAGAACUGUAAUGUCAAGCCAGGGUCAAUCUAUCACUCAAGUUGGAUUUUGCUGUUGCCUUUUAUACUGAAGUACUGUACAAUUUGUGAAAUUAUUGCUACACAAAUAAAGCUGUUAAGGAUUUUUCUUAUAGGUUAAUCACUGCUUAACCUUUUUCAUGGUAACAAUGUUCAGUAGUUUUGUUCACAUCUUGUCCUAUAUUUAGGACAGGUGCAGGAUAAAUGAUUUUUCCUGAAGAUUCAUCUAAUGACUCUGUAACUACUUUAAGUGGUCAAUUGCAAUUGAAAGGAAAGCAAUGUAUAUGGAUAUAUGUAUAAAUAGUACAGAUGUACUUUGAUUAAUAGUAUAUGUGCAUCAAUAAGGCCUACAGUAGAUCCCUGUGUGAAAACUUUGACUUUACUGUAUGUAGCCUAAAGGGGGCAGUAUCUAACAACAAGACUUAACCUAAUUACUGUGUUAAAAUCUAAGAAAAUAUGUUUUCUGGCUAGUCACACCAAGCCUCUGACUGCAAUUAAAUCACAUAUAAUGAUAUCCAUAAGAACAAUUACUACACAUAAACCAGUUUGGAUGCAUGCUUGAUAUGAAGUUCUAUUUUUAGUUUAUCUGAGGAAGACAAAGCAACAGGUUUCGCUUCUGCCUUCAAAACAUAAUAUCUAAUGGCAGCAGCUAUUCAGACGUAGUCACUCAUGUCACAAAUGAGCAUGCAUAAACAAAACAGAUUUGAUUAACUAUGUGAAACUGACAUAAUAAAGUAUGAAAUUAUAUUGUGUACACAUCAGAGCAUAACACUAAAACAGUGACCUAUAUAACAUGACUUGCAUAUAGAGACUUGUGAGGACUUGUCAAUUAAACAAAGACUUUUUCUGCAGAAAAAAGUUCUCCUGUGACAGAUAUGUUCUUCCAUGUGACAUUAUUAGAUUGUUAUUACAGAUGCACCAUUUUACUGUUGUAGAUGCUCAAGUUUGGUAGUUAUAGUUGGGUAUCUUAGUCCAGUUUGUUCCCAGGUCUGGCCACUCCAUAAGAGGGGCCAUGACAUGAUUUAUAUGAGGAAAGAAGAACAAUAAAGUUAUGCAACCACUGG